UGGAACACACGCAGGCGUGGACGGACAAAUCCGGCGGGGGACGCGCAAAUACGUCUGCCUAUAAAAAGAAGCGGCAAGUCGGCGAGGUCAUUGUUUUUACUGGCAGAGACCCACAAGUCUUCAAGGCUGAUGCUGUAGUGAACGUCACAAUGAAGUUGUUGCUGUUGGCUUUAAGCGUCGCGUUGUUAUUUGCUGCAGGUGAGGCCCUCAACUGCCAUCGCUGCGUUUCCAGAGUGGCCGGCGAGGACUGCGAGCUCACCACGGAGACGUGCCGACCCGACAAAAACGGCUGCGCCGUCGCCAAGUUCCUCCGCCCGCCAUACGGUUCCUACCAGAAGUGCAUGGCCGUGGAAGACUGCAUGCUGCUCAUGGACAACAGCUUCAUGCACAUCAAAUGUUGCGACCAUGACAUGUGCAAUGUUGCUUUUUCAUAAAAAAAAAAAAAAGAGAGAGAAGACUCUUUUCAUGGUUAAAAAAAAAAUAAAGAAAAUACAAAUGUAUAAAAAUCAACAAUCUCACCCGUUAUUUGAUUUGUGUUGAUUAGACAUACAUGCAUACAUACAUACAUAUAUAUGUCCAUAUGUAUGUACAUAUUGAGCAUGAUAAAAUUGUGAUAGAGCUUAUUUUCA